GUUUUGUUGUUCGUCUUUCUAGUGCCGUUUGUGAAAUUAGUCGUACAUGCGACCUACCUGUGUGAUAGAGGAAAAAAGGAGCAUUUUAUCUGCCUCCAUAGUGCAGCUCAGUGAACAUGGAGAGGAGCCCGGUGAAGACUUGCACAGAAAAGCUGUUUAAAGUUUUAGUCAUCGGGGAUGUAAAGGUUGGGAAAAGCAACAUCAUCCUGCGUUAUGUUAAGAAACGGUUUGAUGAGAACUACAAAGGAACUAUUGGAAUCGACUUUACCCUAAAAACGCUGGAAUGGGAUGCAAAGACUACGGUGAGACUGCAGCUUUGGGAUAUAGCAGGCCAGGACAGGUUUUGCAACAUGUCCAGAGUGUUCUGCAAAGCUGCGAUGGGAGCACUGGUGGUCCUGGACAUCACAAACAGCUUAACCUUACAGUCUGCCGCUAGGUGGAAGCAGGACUUAGACAGCAAGGUGUGUCUGGACGAUGGACGUCCGGUCCCUGCCAUCCUGCUGGCCAACAAAUGUGACCUGAAGGAGAGGGACAAAGACUUGGUGUCCUCGCUGGACAGAUUUUGUAAAGACAACAACUUUGUGGGCUGGUUUGAGACGUCUGCAAAGGAAGAUAUCAAUAUUAAUGAGGCAUGCGAGUUCCUUGUCAAACAAAUGAUGCUGCGCGACACCGGCCUGUCCAAUGAAGAGCACCAUUGGGACAGGAUCAAAGUGGACCAGACUCCCGGGAAGAGUCAGAGCUCUCAGUCUAGGUGCUGCUCCAAACCUGCGAACUGAAGCAAAAGAGAAAGCUGCUGCUGCUGCUGCUGCUGCCAGAAACGUCCAACAAGAAGUCAAAAGUCACAGCAGAGGAACUGUGAAAGCCGGUGUCACAUCUUCACUGGCUUCAUAUUCACAUUUCUGCCCUUCCAGUUCUCCUCAGUAACGUGUGGGCUGAUUCAUAAGCACGUCUGUGGAGACAAUCCAGCUCAUUCCUCUGAUGCAGCACCGAUAAUAAACAGAUCAGCGUGGCACACGUCCUGCUGGGAAAAGCCUGCGACACUCCCUGUGCAACCGCUGAUUGACCGGCUAUAAAGAGAGGCCUAGAGACUGUGAAUGUCGUCUUAAGCCACACGAACACAGAGAGGUAGAAGGAGAGGGGGGAGAGAAAAUUCAACCCACACUGUAGAAAUAUUCCUCAAUAAAUCACAACCUAUUCAGUUCAA